GUUCUUGACACAAACUGGUGCGCUUGGCACCUACCACCUUACCCCUGUUCAAAGGCACGUAAAUAUUUUUUAUCUUGCCCAUUCAUCCUCUGAAUGAAAUACAAACCCAAUCCAUGUCUCCAUUGUCUCAAAGCUUUAAAAUCCUUUAACCUGUCUCCUCCUCUUCAUCUACACUGAUCGAAGUGGAUUUAACAAGAGACAUCAAUAAGGGUUAGGGUUAGCUUUCACCUGGAUUCACCUGGUCAGUCUAUGUCAUGGAAAGAGCAGGUUUUGUAUGUGUAUAUAUCAUUUGCCAAGUCGUCAACAACUAUUGUUUCGAUUCAACCAAAAAAAUAGACAAUACAAUGGUUUCAGGUUCUGUUAGAUUUAAAAUGUAUUGAUACAGUAUUCACAAUCUCCGCUGUGGAGCUUUGCAGACUUCCGGUGCAACCAAUUACCUUCAGAUCUUUAGGGGUGUAGUAAAACACCAAAUGGAUCUACCUCCUGGUGCUCUUCCCCUGCCUCUCCCACCAAGGGUAGAGACAGAGAUGACCUCGCCUACCGAAAUACCGGAUUGGGCAAAGCCACCAGAAGACGACUCAAGCCAACCAAUUAUUGGACCUGACUGGUGUCAGGAAGAAUCACCCUCUGCCUCAAACACCUCUGAAUGGGAACAGCUGAUAGACUCAUUGCUGAUAGAGUAAGGGCACUGUCAUGAACAGAGGCCCAUAUUUGCACUGUAAGAAAAGUAUUUCCUGUUGUAAGACGUGUCAUCACCCUCUCUGCUCUGAGGGAAUGGGAGGGGCAGCGGAUCGGGUGCAGAGAAUCAAAAGGUAUAUAAAGAGACAUUUGCCAUUACUUUGGCGCUGACUUCUUGAAUUCUGAAUUCAUUUAGACAACCAUUUGACUUCGGGUAAAUUGACACCUGACUCAAAUUACUUAAAAGAUUCUAACUUGUUGGAUCUGAGAAGUGACUCUCCGAAAUACCGUUUAACUAUUGCACAGUUGUUUUGUGCCAGGCGCGUGGGUGCUGAUGCAAAUAUAUCCAGAAGAGUUCUCCGGAACCUCUCGAUUGAGCUCAGCAUCUCGACCUCGUUGCGGACACAGACUUUUUGAUAUUCCAUUUGGGGCAGGGAAUCACCAGCGGGUUCUCCCAUCCAGGCCAAACUUGAAUCUCUCAAUUUAGUAAAGCACCGACUCCAAUUCAGCCAGUAGAGGGGAGUCGCUACCUACCUAAAUUCUUAACAGAACUCUGACCGAUUGAAACUCUGCUCCUGAUCUUGUGGGUCUCCUCGUCAUCUCUCAAAGUUUUAAUUUCCAAGGCAAUUGGGUGUUGGAUCAUAUUUACUUUCAACUGGAGGGACAGAUCCAGUUGUAAUGGCAGAAAACAAUUUCCCUCCCCUGCCUCGCUUCAUCCCUCUGAGGCCAUGUUUCUAUCAGGAUUUUAACGAGAUCCCAGAUGUACACCGUUCCAUGUGCAAGAAGCUGUACUACCUAUGGAUCUUUAACAGUGCCACCUUGGCGGUCAAUCUGAUUGGCUGCCUGGCGUGGAUGUGCGGCGGGGGUGGAGCCACUAACUUUGGCAUGGCCAUUCUGUGGCUCAUCCUGUUCACCCCCUGUUCCUACGUGUGCUGGUUCAGACCCAUCUACAAGGCCUUCAAGACUGACAGCUCGUUCAACUUCAUGGCGUUCUUCUUCGUGUUCAUGGCCCAGGUGGUGAUCAGCAUCAUUCAGUGUAUAGGCAUCCCAGGCUGGGGCGUCUGUGGCUGGCUGGCUACCAUCACCUUCUUUAGCACCAAUAUAGGCUCUGCUGUUGUCAUGCUGAUCCCCACCAUCAUGUUCACUGCCAUGGCUGUCCUCUCCUUCACCGGGCUUACCAAGGUGCACAACAUGUACCGUGGCACUGGGGGCAGUAUGAGUAAAGCCCAGGAGGAGUGGACCACCGGGGCCUGGAAGAACCCUCACGUCCAGCAGGCAGCGCAGCAGGCCGCUGUAGGGGUGGCGCAGGGAGCCAUGCAGCAGCAACAACCCCAGUACUCCCAGGCACCCACCUACAACUACGACGACCCGGGCAUGUAGGGCAGGGCGGAGGAGAGU